UUAUCCCAUCCAAUCGAACACCAUCAUGUCCUUGUCUCGGCCCAACGUUCGGAAAUUAAGUACCCAACACACCCCAAUCACCUAAUACACAUGCAAUUAUUAAUUUCUUUUACACUUUAUACCCUACGUCUCCCUAACUUCAAUCAUCAAUGAACCCCAGUCUCAAAUCCCAUCUUUUUCCGACUUCCAGCUAAGAGCGGUAAACGUGGAUGAAAUGGAGAAAUGAUGAAGCAUUGAUGGUGAUGAAGUGAGUGGCAUAGGAAUGUAGCGUUGGGAGCAAAAAAUACAUCACCGAAAACGGUCGACUAAGUGGGCCACGUGGGGUUGUAGUGGCUAAUGUUAAAUUUUUUAGCCAUUUUUUUGCACUUAUAGGCUGAUUGCCCAAGUGGGGGGAUCGUGCUCCGUGCAGACUCUGCCUCGCCUUCCCAGCUUCCCUUGCCUGGUGUGCCAGCGGCUCUCUCUUACUGUCUGCCCUUUGGUUCUUGUCAUUUCCCCUGACACCGGGGUCCCACCCCAUCAUCUCGAUCUCCUAAAAACACUUACCACUCACGCAACUAAUCGUCCCUCUCUUCCCCAUCUCUCUCAUUUCUUUAAACACCUGUCAAAGUCAUACCUCUAAGCUCUCACUCUACUUAAUUUUUUUGCUCUGUUUCCAAAAAACUAGAGCAGAGCGAUGCAGCACUGUUUCGUUUCUUUCUCUCUUUUGCUCAUUUCUGUGUUCACUCUUGCAGAUUCUGGUUCUAUUGGAGUAAACUAUGGAAGAAUCGCCAACAACCUUCCGCCAGCAAACAAAGUGGUGGAACUACUAAAAUCCCAAGGUCUAACUCGUGUCAAAGUAUACGAUGCCGACCCGGCUGUUCUCCAUGCGUUAUCCGGAUCCGGAAUCAAAGUGACCGUCGACCUCCCAAACGAACAACUCUUCGCUGCGGCCAAAAGCACUUCCUUUGCAAACUCAUGGGUCGAGGGAAACGUCGCCGCUUACUAUCCUCACACUGAAAUCGAAGCCAUUGCCGUUGGUAACGAAGUCUUCGUGGACCCGCACAACACGACCAAGUUCCUCUUACCCGCCAUGAAGAAUAUCCAGGAAGCUUUGGUUAAGUUUAACCUUCACUCAGAUAUCAAAGUCUCUUCCCCCAUUGCACUUUCCGCUCUCCAAAACUCUUACCCGUCUUCAGCCGGAUCUUUCCGACCCGAACUCAUUGAACCUGUUUUUAAACCUAUGCUGGAUUUCCUUCGCCAAACCGGGUCCUUCCUGAUGGUCAAUGCUUACCCCUUUUUCGCUUACGAGUCUAACACUGACGUCAUCUCGUUAGACUACGCUUUGUUUAGAGAGAACCCGGGUGUGGUGGAUCCGCGUAAUGGGUUGAGGUAUUUCAGUCUUUUCGAUGCUCAAAUCGAUGCCGUUUUCGCGGCAAUGUCCGCGUUGAAAUAUGAUGAUAUUAAAUUGGUUGUGACUGAAACGGGUUGGCCAUCAAAGGGAGAUGAGAAUGAGAAUGGUGCUAGUAUCCAAAACGCCGCCGCUUAUAAUGGGAAUCUGGUCCGUCGGAUCUUGACCGGUGGUGGGACCCCUUUGAGACCCAAGGCUGAUCUCACCGUUUAUCUAUUUGCCCUUUUUAAUGAGAACAAGAAGUUCGGGCCUACAUCGGAAAGAAACUACGGGCUGUUUUACCCGAACGAGGAAAAAGUUUACGAUAUACCUUUCACUGAAGAAGGGUUGAAGAAUUACCGGGAUAACCCGUCUCCAGUAGCAGGGAAUCAGCAACACGGAGCGACCCCCGUAAAUGGUGGAGGAAGCGUGUCAAAGAGUACGACGGGGAACACGUGGUGCAUUGCGAAUGGUGAAGUGGGGAAGGCGAAGCUGCAGGCGGCUCUUGAUUACGCUUGCGGUGAAGGAGGUGCUGAUUGCCAUCCGAUUCAGCCAGGUUCCAGGUGUUACGAUCCUAACACCAUCGAAGCCCACGCAUCGUUCGCUUUCAACAGUUACUAUCAAAAGAAAGGGCGGCAGAUGGGAACUUGUUACUUCGGCGGGGCGGCCUACGUAGUCACGCAACCACCCAAGUAUGGUAAGUGCGAGUUUCCCACAGGAUAUUGAAGACCAAACCAGAAAAUGACAAAAGGGUUUGGUGGAGAAUAAGGCAGUAGUCGAAGGAGAUUAAUGCUAAUUUUUAGUUGUAGUGGUUUUGGUUAUUUGACUGUUGUGUAAUUGUGGUUUAGAUGGCUUUGUUAGGCAAAUAUUCGGACUUGGACUACCUUUUGUGUAUAAAUAUUGGAUCCUAAUAUGUUUGUAGCGAAUGGAAUGAAUU